CAUGGGGGAAAGAACUUCUGUUGCUGGUGUUUGCAUUUCCUAACAAAUUAUUACAUUUCAAUAAGACAAACAUCGUUUCAAAACAUGUUGCCCGACAUUGAAGGUGCUUGUCCAUUCGUGGAGGACAGUUUCAGUCGGUUUCUGUCCCAGAGCAAUAUGUAUGGCCUGUGUCAAGCAGGAGAGCAGGAGCUGCUGGCUGCUACAUUGAAAGGGAAGGUGGUUUGCUUCAGAUACCAGGAUCUCCAACAGAAAAUACGACCCGUGGCGAAGGAAGUGCAGUUUACGUACAUUCCAGUUGAUGCCGAAAUCGUAUCUAUUGACGCCUUCAAUAAGUCCCAUCCAAGUAGAGGACUGGUGGUGGGCAUUACUUUUAUAAAGGAAGGAGAUAAAGCAACACCCUUCCUCAACAUCUACUGUGACUAUGAACCGGGAUCCGAGUUCAACUUGGAGUCUAUUGCACAGAGUUGCCUGAAUCUGGAGUUGAAGUACACCCCUUUCCAACUGUACCACACAGAAGUCCAGUGCAAAGAUGGCUGUAGUGAAACCGUGUUUCUGUUGAGUGGCAAUGACCAGUGCAUCCACUUGUACAAAGAGAACGCCUCCCUGCACCAGUUUGAGGAGCAGCCGGUGGAGAGACUUUUCCCCGAACUUCAGGACCUGCCCAGCAAGUUAAAAGAGAGUGUCCACAGAGACAGCCCCAGCUUUGUGUAG